CAACAGUUUUUUUCUUUCUCUCGUCUCUCUCCAUCGGUUCACCAUUCUCUCUGUUUCUGGGAUGGGUGAUUUCUUCAAUGAGACUUAGAACAACGUUGGUGUUGCUUUUGGAACUUCUUACCAUCAUCUUCACCCUAACCAUGCAACUCUCCUCUAGGAUCUUCUUCUUGUUUUUCGAUGACCUUAAACCAUAUGCUUUAGUACAGUUUGUUCAUUGCAUUGCCAUUCCCUUGAUGUUUAUUCUAUUACCUCCAAUGUAUACACAUUCUACGUAUUGGCUUUGGGCUGCAGGAUUUUAUCUCUUAACCAAGGUGGAAGAAGCUGCUGAUAAGCCUAUAUAUAGCUGGACUCAUCAUAUUAUUAGUGGCCAUUCUCUGAAGCAUUUGUACGCUGCUAUGGUCCAUGUCUUCCUUACCCUCGUGCUUGCAAAAAAACCGUUCAAACUGAGAGGUACAUUCUCAUAUAUAUAUGAAAUGACUGGGGAUUGCAGAUUCAUAUUCUUGACUCAUGCAUUCCAUUGCAAGAAUGAGGUUACGCUUGCGGCCACCGCCGGUAACAAUAUCGGCAAGGUUCUCCAGAAGAAAGGCACUAUCAUCCUCCCUCCUCUCUCCCUCAAGCUCAAGGUAAUAAGAGCCUAUGCUGUUAACAAACCAUGGGCACUAGGUUUUCUUAUGGACAUUGUUGGGGCUUUGUUGAUGCUCAGAGCACUCUCGCUUGCCCCUGUUUCUGUUGUUCAACCUGUCUCGGGAUGUGGACUUGCCAUUCUUUCUGUCUUUUCUCAUUUUUAUUUGAAGGAAGUCAUGAAUGUUUUUGACUGGAUUGGGAUUACCGUUGCUGGCAUUGGCACUAUAGGAGUUGGUGCUGGUGGUGAGGAGCAAGAAGCAUCACUUAUAUCUGUCUUCCAGUUGCUCUGGCUAGCAUUGGUUGUUGCCAUCUUGUUUGUACUACUGAAUGCGUGGCUUCAUAUCUUCAAACGCCAGCGGAGGGAGCAGGAGCUGGGGGAAUAUGAAGUAGUGGAAGAAAUCAUAUAUGGCCUGGAAUCUGGGAUUUUAUUCGGGAUGGCAUCUGUAGUAUCAAAGAUGGGUUUUGUAUUCGUGGAGCAGGGGUUUUCUGCAAUGUUCAUUCCUAUGUGCAUUUCAAUUAGUAUAUGCUGUAGUGGAACAGGAUUUUUCUAUCAGACUCGGGGACUAAAACAUGGAAGAGCAAUCGUAGUAUCCACUUGUGCUGCUGUGGCAUCAAUUGUAACUGGUGUAGUUGCAGGAAUGUUCGCUCUGGGUGAGAAAUUACCCACUUCACCAUCUGGACGGCUUUUACUUCUCUUAGGAUGGUUACUUAUCAUGCUAGGUGUUGUAUUACUCGUGACUUCAUCACGGCUUAUCAGACAUCUUCCACGGUCAUUCCGGCGUUCCAGUUCCAGACAAACCAGUUUAGAAAGAGGUUUCAACAUAAGGCGGACAGCUUCUCACGUAUCAAAGGAUACUAACCCAAGUGCGGUUAUCCAAACAGCAACAUUACACCAUCUCUUAUCAUCCCCAUCAAAAGACAAAGACUAAAAGGGAUUCAGAAACAAUGAAGAAUAUUUGCUGGGUGGCGUGCAUGUUACACAAUUAUUUCCCGAAUAUAUGACUAAAUAUGUCAGAUUUUCAUAUUUCGGGGUUUCAUCUCAUUGAUAUUCCAGUUGUUGGAACAGAUUAAUGGUCAAGAGUUUGAGAUCAAUUUAUGACGUCACUUGGUAUCUAAAAUGUGAAAUAUGAGUUUCCCUUUGUGCAAACUGUGAAUCUGGGAUAAACGAACCAACUUGGUUCAUGUUAUUAUUGUUAUUUUUUUC